AUGAAAAACCGCACUGUACCCACAGAAUUCAUUCUACUAGGGCUCUCAGAUGACCCAGAGCUUCAGGUUGUGAUUUUUCUCUUUUUAAUUAUCACAUAUAUAUUGAGUGUCACUGGAAAUAUGACAAUCAUCACUCUCACCUUGGUGGACUCUCAUCUACAGACUCCUAUGUAUUUCUUCCUCAGGAACUUCUCUGUAUUGGAAAUCACCUUUACAACUGUAUGUAUCCCUAGAUUCCUGGGCACAAUUAUUACUAAGGACAAAACAAUUUCAUAUAAUAAUUGCACAGCUCAGUUGUUUUUCUUCAUCUUCAUGGGUAUAACUGAAUUUUACCUUCUAACAGCCAUGUCCUAUGAUCGCUAUGUAGCCAUCUGCAAACCCCUGCAUUAUACUACCAUCAUGAACAAGAGAGUCUGCAUAUUGCUUGUCUUUUGUGCUUGGCUGGCAGGAUUCCUAAACAUCUUCCCACCAGUUAUUCUUUUUCUCCAGUUAGAUUACUGUGGCUCCAAUGUCAUUGAUCACUUUGCUUGUGACUAUUUCCCCCUAUUGCAAUUAUCCUGCUCAGAUACAUGGCUCCUAGAAGUGAUUGGAUUUUAUUCUGCGAUAGUGAUUCUGCUUUUCACUUUGGCAUUAAUAAUUCUAUCCUACAUGUUCAUCAUGAGGACAAUUCUGAAACUCCCUUCUGCCAGUCAGAGAAAAAAGGCAUUUUCUACAUGCUCCUCUCACAUGAUUGUCAUUUCCAUCUCUUAUGGAAGUUGCAUAUUCAUGUAUGCUAAUCCCUCUGCAAAAGAAAGAGCAUCAUUGACCAAAGGAGUUGCUAUUCUCAAUACCUCUGUUGCUCCCAUGAUGAAUCCAUUUAUAUACACUCUGAGGAAUCAGCAAGUGAAGCAAGCCUUUAAGGACACCAUCCAGAAAGUGAUGCUUCUCUCUGGUAAAUGA